AUGACCACUGAGUUCAGCGACCAGCUUGCUUUUGACAAUGACUUGGAUGUUCGGCGGGCGGCCAAGGAAUUGCAUGUUUCGAAGAGCUGCAGCGAACAUGAGAAGCCAGCGUCUACACCUGUGACAGAAGACGAGGGGGUCUUUGAGAUCCGCGACUUCUCCAACGUCUCGGACUUCGAGCGCUGGUCGCACCAGAUUUCGCUGGCCGCCAAGCGUUGGGGCGCUGCGCUUCAGGCAGCCGAGUCGAGCGAUGAUGUGUUGCAGAUGCGGGAGUGCUUCGAGCAAGGCAACUUUCAAUACGAGCUUUUAUUUCAAUUGGUGCCGCUUGCGGAGACAAAGAAGGAGGAUCGGCUGGGCCUCCACGCCUUUCCAACCAGAGCCCAUCGAUUGCAGAGAUGGUUUGGGGUGAGGCACUUUGUGAUCAUCAGCAUAAACAAGCACAACAUUGACGUCGAUAGUGCAAGAACGCUUCUGGGAGCAGCUGCUAUUGCCGUCUCUGGUGCCAAACUCCCCCUGCCACUCAGCUGUUUCGUUCCGGUGGAGGGGGGGCGGAAGCGAGUUUUAGGGGAGGCGCUCCAGGGCAACCGCACCAUUUACUCCACAGACCUGCAGAACACUGUGCAGCCAUGCUUGGAGCACCUCGCCGGCCUGGCAGACUUUUUCCAGAAGAAGGUGCAAGCGGGGGCGGAUAAGAAGCACACUAUGAUGGUUGGUGCCCGGUUCACGUACUCGGCCGACCACUUUGAGCUGUGGCAACAGCGCUUUCGGGAGAAAUUCAGCGUGGAGGCACAUGAACAUAUGGCUGACCCAGUUGAGUCUCUCAAGCUCCAUUGCCUGUGGCCGGCCUUUCCCUUUGGUGCCUUCGUGGAUGAUGCUCACUACUCUGAGCUGGAUCCCCGGACGGCGCCCUACUGGAAGCUCCGCGUGCUCCGCCGCGAUUCCUCCGCCCCGCUGACCCAGCGGCUGCGCGCACUGCUGAGCUUCCGCCGAGAGGCCUGCACCAUUCGGUCCGCAGAGCAUAGCAUACAGAUGCAUGCGCCGCGGACGGCCAUGGGCUCCUUGACCGCUGCCAUUCAGGAGUCUUUGGAGUCAAUCCUUUUGCCCACAGAUGGAGAAAUGCAGAUGAUGGUCGAAGCCUGCAUGGAGUCCUCAGUGGUGCCAACGGCUGAGAGCCCCCCACCGGCUUUGAGGGGUUUGAAGGGUGGGCGCUGUGGAGGUCGCUUGGUUCGCAUUGCCGAGCUCUCUGCCACCAUGCGCUGCUUCAAAGGCUCGGUGAUGCUGUGGUGUAACGUCCUCGCGCGCAUGCGGACCCAGUGGGAUGCUUUGGAGGCACCCGGCUCGGUCGCGCCGCCCACCGCCCGGAUCAGCGCCAGAGGCACCCGGACAGAGUUCUUCGACGCCAGCAUGUGCCUGGCGCAGCAGAAGAUGGAGCUCUUGCAGUGCAGCGUGGCGGCGUGCCGGACCCGGGCGGACCCGGACGCGGACGCGGGCGCGGACGCGGAGAAGACGGAGCUAGAGACGGAGGGGCGCGGCUCCAUGAGGCCCCCGAGCCUGGCGGCGCCGCCGUUGCUCACGGAGGAUGUGCUGCUGCAGCGGGACACGGCGGCCGCGAGUUUGACGGCAGCGGAGGUGGCGGAGUUGGACGGCCGCGAGAUGCGCAGCGACAUGGCAGCCUUCCGGGCCGCCAACCCGGGCGCGGCGCUGACGGACUUCCUCCAAUGGCGGCAGAACGUGGAGGGCCUAAGCUUGAAGUUCCCAGAGGAUUGGCUCCAGAGCCUGUGGAAUGAGCCGCCAUGCUGGAGCAAGCUCUUUGAGCCGGAGCGGGAAGCUGAGAUGGCCUUGCACUACUUGGAGAGCAUUGAGGGCACGCAGUUGCUGCUCCAGCUCUUUAGAGUAUUGCUCCGUAGCACACUGGAAGAUCUCAGUGCCCACAUCGCAGCAACUGGGGGUGGGCCUGCCUACAUCCGCAUGCUUAGGGACCGAGUCAUCUCUGCUGCUGUGUGUGCCUUCAGCUGGCGGGGCAAUCAGAAAAUGGCUUCAGAGGAGGUCGACGUCGAGGCCACUUUGAUGGGUGAAGUGGCAGACUUCCCGGAAGAGGAGUAUCUGCAGGGCGUCCUUGCCGCGCUGGAGGUGCUGGAGUCUUCCAUGAGGCUGGCAGCAUCCCUUCGAGCCAAGCUGGGUGGCCAAGCUGAGGGCCUGCUGGAAGAACUCCUCACUGAGGGGGAAGCGGAUGUCACCGCGGACGAUCAGCGCGAAGUCAUCGAGAUGCUCUUUGACAGCAGCCGGCACUUGGCACGGGAUGAGAUCCACUCCUCGGUGCCUUUGGCCAUUUUCGACACCUUGCCUUUGGCCAAAGAGUUCGUACUGCAACUGCAGCCUGCCGCUGGUGAGCAGAAAUGUAUGCGCAGACUGUAUGCAGAGGUGCGGGAGGACCACACGAGACUGGCCGUGGUGCGCGAGCUUGCAUUUUGGUGA